AUGUACACUACUCUACACCCCUCUGUCACCCAUGUACACUCCUCUACACCCCUCUGUCACCCAUGUACACUCCUCUACACCCCUCUGUCACCCAUGUACACUCCUCUACACCCCUCUGUCACCCAUCUACACUCCUCUACACCCCUCUGUCACCCAUGUACACCCCUCUACACCCAUCUCUUACCCAUUUACACUCCUCUACACUCCUCCGUCACCCAUGUACACUCCUCUACACCCCUCUAUCACCAAUGUACACCCCUACACCCUUCUGUUAUCCAUGUAAACUACUCUGCGCUCCUCUGUCACCCACGUACACUCCUCUACACCCCCAACACCUCUCUGUCACCAAUGUACACCACUCUGUCACCCCCUACGCCCCCUUUCACCCAUUUAAACCCAUCUAUCACUCAUAUACACUCCUCUAAACCACUCUGCCACCCAUGUACACAUCUCUACACCCCCAACACCCCUCUGUCACCUAUGUACACCCUUCUAUCACCCCGUACACCCCUCUUUCAACCUCUACGUUCCCCUGUCACCCAUGUACACUACUCUACGAUCCUCUGUCACCCAUGUACACUCCUCUACACCCCUCUGUCACCCAUGUACACUCCUCUACACCCCUCUGUCACCCAUGUACACUCCUCAAGACCGCUCUGUCACCCAUGUACACCCCUCUACACCCAUCUGUUACCCAUUUACACUCCUCUAAGCUCCUCCGUCACCCAUGUACACUCCUCUACACCCCUCUAUCACCAAUGUACACCCCUACACCCUUCUGUUAUCCAUGUAUACUACUCUGCGCUCCUCUGUCACCCACGUACACUCCUCUACACCCCCAACACCUCUCUGUCACCAAUGUACACCACUCUGUCACCCCCUACGCCCCCUUUCACCCAUUUAAACCCAUUUAUCACUCAUAUACACUCCUCUGAACCACUCUGCCACCCAUGUACACACCUCUACACCCCAAACACCCCUCUGUCACCUAUGUACACCCCUCUAUCUCCCGGUACAUCCCUCUUUCACCCCCUACGUCCCCUUGUCACCUAUGUACACUACUCUACGAUCCUCUGUCACCCAUGUACACUCCUCUACACCCCUCUGACACCACUCCUGUUACCAUGUACGCUCCUCUAUCACCCAUGUACACUCCUCUACACACCCAACACCUCUCUGUCACCCAUGUUCCCCCCUCUGUUACUCCCUACGCCCACUGUCACCCAUGUACACUCCUCGACACUCCUGUUACCCAUGUUCCCCUUUCUGCUACCUUUUUACUCGUCAACUUUGGAAUGUUCCUAAUCUCUGUACCUGAGAUAUGGUUGUGUUAUAUAUAAAGCUGUGCAUAGACGAUAUACUUAUUAAAAACACAUAUAUCUUCAUGUAUACGGGAAAGACUAUGACAUGUCUGCAGGUCUAGAUUUUACAUCUAGCCUGAUUGUUAUCAGUAAUUAAUAUAAAUAUUAAUCAC